AUGAUGACAUCGAAUUCACCGACGAAAUCUAAGCUUGUUUGGAAAGGCAAAGGGAAAGCUACUGAACCACCUCAAGACUACGACGAUCUUAACCCAGUGAUCACGUAUCGACAUCUUCUUUCCAAUAAUCUGGGGGUACGGGAUCCACUUCGAGUGAUAGCGCUCUGCGACAGUGAUGCCUUUUAUGCGGCAUGUGAAAUGAACAGACUCGGAGUCGACCCGGAGACCCCGCUUGUUGUACUUCAAUGGGAUUCACUGAUAGCUGUAAACUACCCGGCGCGGAAGUAUGGGAUAUCGCGAAUGGAUAAGAAGAAGGAAGCGCUGAAGCGGUGUCCGCAUCUGAAGGUUGUCCAUGUCGCGACGUAUAAGGAAGGCGAGCCAGAGCCUGGGUAUUGGGACGAUGUGGAUACCAAUACACACAAGGUGUCAUUGGAUUAUUACCGGAGAGAGAGCUUGAAGAUCGCUGCCAUGUUCAAAGAACAGCUGCCUGGAUGUGAACUCGAGAAGGCCUCCAUAGACGAAGCUUUUAUCGAUUUCACGAAACCCGUGCGAGAAAUCAUGUUACAGCGAUACCCACAUCUUGCACAAGUGCCUCCCGAGGGUGCCGACACCCCGUUGCCCCCGCCUCCCCCCAUCAUGUGGGAAGGAUUAGGGAACUUGAUACCUGUCAACCCCUCGCCAACUGUCGACCAGAAACCCGGGGACGGACAGCCAGUUGCCCAUGAAAGUGCAGAGUCAGCGCAAAAUGGCAUUGAACCGGAACAAAAACAGGUGGAAGUGACUGAGAACAAGGAGCAUCAGUCAACGGAUCCCAGAGGAAAAGAUGUCGAGGAACCACCUCACACUUGGCACGAUGUCGCGUUAUCAAUUGCGGCAGAGCUUAUGGGGAAGGCGAGGGAGGAGGUGCGAGUCAAGUUGGGUUACUCUACUUCUGCGGGGAUCGCGAGGAACAAGUUUCUUGCCAAGCUCACGGCCUCUUACAAGAAACUUAACAACCAGAGUAUCCUCAGAAACAGUGCCAUACCCAAAUAUCUUAGGCCAAUGCAGUUUCAGAAGAUUAGAUUCUUAGGCGGAAAGCUCGGCGAUGCUUUGGCUAAGGAAUACGAUGUUUCCACAGUUGGUGAUUUGUUAACAAUCAGCCUUGAUGAGAUGCAGGAUAAAUUUGGAGAAAGCUCUCUUUGGAUUUACGAGGUGCUGAGAGGUAUUGACAGAACCGAAGUCAAAGACAAAGGGUCUACUUUGAACAAGAGCAUGCUGGCUUCGAAGAAUUUACCCAAGCCAAUCACGAAAGCAUCAGAAGGACAGCAUUGGAUCCGUGUCCUUGCCGCCGAGCUGGCGCUAAGGUUGAACGAUGCACGCAAAAUAUCUCCCAAUCUAUGGCCGAAAACGUUGGUCCUGCAUGCUCGGAAAGGUUACGAGGCAGGGAGAUCAAAACAGUCACCUUUCCCAUUUCAUCGGGAAGUGACAGUAGACGUUAUCGCAGCUGCUGGAGAUAAACUGUGGAAAGAAUUGGUCGGGAAUAGCUCGAAUUUGAAGGUAUCCAGCGUCCAAUUGGCAUUCACUGGGAUUGACGUGGCAGAGGGUGGCCAACGAAGCAUCGAAGGAUUUUUAAAGCCAAUUUCAAGUACAAAGAAGCGGCCGCGCGAUUCAGCCGCCAUCACUGACGUCCAAGAUGAGGAGGAAUUGCCUCAGCCGGCUAGGCUAUCGGCCAGCGAUGUCGACAACCUUAACGACGAAUCACCCCAUGUGCCUUCUGCAUCGUACACUUGUGUCAGGUGUGGAAAGGCAUUCCAAGUUACCGGUGCAAAUCAGUCGAGUUCAAUUGAUGAACAAAUGUCACGACUAAAAAUGGAACACGAUGAUUUUCACUUCGCCCAAGACUUGGCGGACGAAAGCACACCUCGUUCAGUCAUCACAGUAACCGAGAAGAAAACCGAGAAGAAACCAUCCAGUUCUAACAAAAAGCGAAAGACAGCAGCUGGCCCCUCCGGCAUCGAAAAGUUCUUUCGCAAGUGA